AUGAACAAAGAUAAAAGUAGGAAUGUCUAAGAUGCUUUGCUCUUUUGUUAUAACAUAAAAGGGUUAAUUCAGGAAAUGAAAUUGAGGUAGAUAAAUGAAGUUAAACGAAUUAACUUACAUGCUUUAUCAAACUAAUUUUGUUCUCAUUUUUGGUCCAUAUGGUUGUGGAAAAACAACCUUACUAAAAAAUUAUUUCGAAUUUCAUAAACAAAAGAAUAAAAAUUUUAUAUCUGUUAUGUAAAUAAUUAUAAUAAUUUUCAUAUCAUUUAUCAUUUAUUAUUAUUAUUAUUAUUAUUAUUAUUAUUAUUAUUAUUAUAAAGAUCUUAUUUAAAGAUUUUAAAAAUUUAGAAAAAGUUCUCUAAAUUAAUGUUACAUGGAUGAAACUAUCGAUUUCCAAUUUUACUCUUGAGGCUGGGCCUCUAUUGUUUUGUGAGAAUGUUGGUACCUAUUAGGUUUUUAAGCAUUACUCUGAAACUAGAGAAGAUUUCAAAUAAUAAUUAAGAAGAGCUUUAUCAUUAAUAUUUGUUGAAGGCAAUGGGUAAAAAAAUAAAUAUUAAAUUUACAAGUGA